GAUUCUUCCUUUAACAAGAUGGCGGUAGGAAGCAGCGGCGGUAGCAGCAAGCUCCGCUCGAAAAGCGAGAUGGAUUCGGGCUUCCUGGGGCUGCGGCCCACUUCGGUGGACCCAGCGUUGAGGCGGCGGCGGCGAGGCCCGAAGAAUAAGAAACGGGGCUGGCGGCGGCUCGCUGAGGAGCCGCUGGGGCUGGAAGUUGAUCAAUUCCUAGAGGACGUGCGGCUGCAGGAGCGCACGAGCGGUGGCUUGGUAUCGGAGGCCCCCGAUGAAAAACUCUUCUUCGUGGACACUGGCUCCAAGGGUAGAGAGCUGAACAAGAAGAGGACCAAAGGCCAGAAGAGGUCACUGCUCCCCAAGAAACCGCUUCGGGUGGAUCUCAUUUUAGAGAACACAUCCAAGAUCCCUGCCCCCAAAGACAUCCUCGCUCAUCAGGUACCCAACGCCAAGAAACUCAAGCGGAAGGAGCAGUUAUGGGAGAAGUUGGCAAAGCAGGGCGAGCUGCCCCGAGAGGUCCGCAGGGCGCAGGCCCGACUCCUCAGCCCUCCUGUGGCCAAAGCCAAGCCCGGGCCCCAGGACACUGUGGAGCGGCCCUUCUACGAUCUCUGGGCCAAAGAUAACCCUCUGGAGCGGCCGUUGGCUGGCCAGGACACAUUCUUCCUGGAGCAGACCAAGAAGAAGGGCGUGAAGCGGCCGCCGCGUCUUCAUACCAAGCCGUCCCAGGUGCCUGCUGUGGAGGUGACACCUUCUGGAGCUUCCUACAACCCAUCCUUUGAGGACCACCAGGCCCUGCUGUGGGAAGCCCACGAGGUUGAACUACAGCGGCAGAAAGAGGCAGAGAAGCUGGAGCGGCAGCUGGCCCUGCCCACCACAGAGCAGGCUGCCACCCAGGAGUCUACAUUUGAGGAGAUGUGCCAGGGGCUUCGAGAAGAGUCAGAUGGGGAGGGGGAGCCGGGCGAGGGCCAGGACAAGGGACCCGAGGUGGCCCAAGACCAGGCUGGAGACGACCAGGCCGGAGACGAUCAGGCCGGAGGAGGCAAGGCCUCAGCCAUACCUGCCCACCUGACCACUGUGGGGAAGAAGACGGAGCAGCAACGUCGGCGGGAAAAGGCUGCCCGGAUGCUGCGGGUACAACAGGCUGCUGUGCGGGCUGCCCGGCUGCGGCACCAGGAGCUGUUCAGGCUGCGUGGGAUCAAGGCCCAGGUGGCGCAGCGGCUGACGGAGCUGGCACGACGGAGGGAACGACGGCAGGCACAGCGGCUGGCUGAGGCCAACAAGCCCCGCAGGCUGGGGCGGCUUAAGUAUCAGGCCCCCGACAUCGACGUGCAGCUCAGCUCAGAGCUGUCCGACUCACUCCGGACCUUGAAGCCUGAGGGCAACAUCCUCCGUGACCGGUUCAAGAGCUUCCAGAGGAGAAACAUGAUCGAGCCCCGGGAGAGAGCCAAGUUCAAGCGCAAGUACAAAGUGAAGCUUGUGGAGAAGCGGGCGUUCCGAGAGAUCCAGUUGUAGCUGAUGCUGGAUGCCAGAGCCCUCACCCUUCAAUAAACCACCUUCAGACCAACAUUUAGGGCCUUGUGUGUUACUUGUCCCCUGCUGUGGGCAGCUUCUCUCUUCCCAUCCCCCUCUAGCACAUAAGGAUGUAGGUUCCAGAACCAUCUCCACCAAAGCCUGGUGAGACCCCAGGAUGUGGUAGAGGGCCCAUCCCUCAGGGUCCAGGUGGGCAGCCAUUCCCCAGUGUGAAGGAGGUCUGAGAGGAGACCUUCUGGGGGGACCACUGCUCUCUGCCCAGGCAAUGAGAGGCAUGCCUUGAUGACAGCCCUGUGACAUUGAGAGUGGCAGCAACCAACGUUUGCUGAGUGCCUGCUGUGCUGUCAGGCAGAUGGAGACUCAUGAGCCCUCAUAGCCACCCCAUUGAGGGCCAGACUCACCCCAUUUUAAAGAUGAGGAAGUGAAGGACAUCAAAGGGGGUGUCCCCCCCCCAUACACACCUAUUUAAUGUUUUUUGAAACCUUAAUUCUGUAAUUAAUGAAGACUGUUAUCACUGUUAGUCAUUGAUAUGGUGCAUAAAGAUACCAAAAACCCAUGGCUGUCAUCCCUGCCCUCUGCCUUCCAUGCGAACCCUCUCUCUCUGCAGAGGUGGCUGUCACUGCAGUUUGGAGUGAGGGAUGCCAUUAUGUCCCAUGUGCCGCUAUUGAAAACAUUCUCGCCCAUGUGGAAAUAAAAUGACUUUCCUGUGUCUUGGGCACUUUCCUGUGUCUGGGGCAGAACCACACUG